AUGAAUGCCAUCGUAUUCUAUAGGCGAACCGAUACCCAACCGUGCGCCACCCCACCCCCCUCCAACGCCCUAGCCCCCCCAAAACGGGGCACUAAAAAUGGGAGGGGGCGGUGUCGUGGGGCUGUAUGGGAAAAUAAGUGUGUGGGGUUGGGAAACGGGGGGGGGGGGUGGGGGGCGCUGGGGGUGGGGGUGGGGGGGGGGGGGGGGGGGGGGGGGGGUGGUUGGGGGGGGGGGUGGGGGGGGGGGGGGGGGGGGGGGGGGGGGGGGGGGGGAAAAAAAAAAUAA